AUGUGCUUGACAGUUACAAUUUUGGGUGUCGUUCAUCUUCUUGUCGAAGAAAUUAACGACACGUUUCAGAAAACGGAAGCGGUUGUAGUUUUGUCAGAUUCAGUAGCUGCGUGCUUGAAAGUGGCCAUAUUUUUGAAAAAUCGUUCUAGAUUGAUGAAGUGUAUUCAGUUUUUUGGAGAUCCACGUUUUGCGCCCAAGAAUAAUAUUGAAGAAAGAAUUAUGGGUGAGUGUCUCCUCGUAAAAUAUAACAUACAGAAACCCGUCAAGUGGGUCGCAGUGAAUUGCAACGAAUAUGACACUGUCGAAACGGAACAUGUAUUUCAAAGUUUAAAGAAGUGCAUUCUACUUCAUAACGGUAUUUUAGAUUUUGUCGCUGAGUUUGAAAACUGCUUUUCCUUGUGCGUAUUCUCCCAAAUCGCUGGAACAGCAAUCGGACUAAGUUUUUGUUGCAUUGGACUAGCUUUUAAUUCCUUUCAAGGUAUUAAUGGUAUUAUGUUUAUUGUUUGUUACUUGGCGCUGGGUGUACAAUUAUUUUUUUAUUGUCAUUAUGGGACUUUAUUGUACGAAGAGAAUAAGGGUUUAAUAAAUGCUGUUUACAUGAGCCCUUGGUACAUAUAUAACACUAAAGCAAGACAAAUGUUGCUAAUUAUAAUGGAACGCUCAAAAUUACCUCUGAAUAUUACUGCUGGGAAAGUUAUGAAUCUAACUUAUAGCACUUUCAUUACUACCUUAAAAACCAGCUACUCAUGGAUUACUGUUCUAAAAAAUUAUAAUUAAGUAUAACUGGUGCAGGAUUCUAAGAAGAUUUUUUCGUUGCACGUUAUGAAUUCUAGUACCCUUUCAGUUCAUGUAUUUUGUUGUAACUUUUGUUUAUUUUGGAAUAUUAGUUGAUGUUUUAGUUAAGAGCUAUUUUUCAUGAAUUUGUCUAAAAAAAUAUUCAACAACUGACAAACCAAUCAACGUAUAAUAUUCCAGAAGCAAAAAAAAGUUUAUAUAAUUAAAAUAAAAAAUUGAGUAAAUUUAUGUAAACUAGUAAACCUAUACCGCAGAAUGGAAUCUAGAAGCAGGUACAGUCAAAAUAUAACAAAACAUUAGAUUUGACAGGAUUGUUACAAUAUUUUAGAUUUUCAAAUGUAGUUAAUCUCACUAUACCUUUAAUAAAAGUAAUAGCACAAAAAAUCUACAAGUUGUAACACUGGCACGAUUGUGUUUUAAAUCGCACAGUUAAAAUAUUAGUGAUAAACAAUUUAUCUCACAUUUGAAACACAACCGGUACCACAUUAAAUUUUCCAUUGAAAUAACGUUGUCGAAUUUUUGGUUUCAAUAAAGAUUUUUAUUAUGAAA